AAACAACUAUAAACAAACAAGUGAAUUCAUUAGUGUCACUGGGAAACGUUUAAUAAUUCCCCACAGCUGGUAGCAAAUUUUUUUAAAAUUGUUUUCAACUAAUUCAAAGGGAUUCUAUUAUAAAAAAUGAAAAAGCCAUUUUCCCCUGUAACAACAUUGCGACUGGCCUAUUAUGGCUGUCCUAAUCGACCUUUUUUUCACAUUGUUGCUACAAAACAGAGAAUAGCACGUAAUCGUGGAUACUAUGAACAGGUAGGAACCUUUGAUCCAUUGCCAAACACCAGAAACGAAAAGCUGAUUUCACUUAACAUGGAUCGGAUUAAGUACUGGCUUAGUCUAAACUGCUCAAUGUCUAAACCUGUAACAAGAUUGUUAGCAUUAGCUGGGGUACUUCCUUUGGAUCAAUAUACUUUAAAGCUUGCAGAGAAAAAUAGAGAAAGUAAAAAGAGCAAAGAACAUGCUGAUAAUAUAAAUUCAGUUUAAAUUAGCAAUUUGUAUAAAAGUUAUAUCAAAUACAUGAGAACAUUUGGCUUAUUUUCAAAUGUAAGAAAAACAUAGAAAGAAAUGUUAAAAUACUUGGUAUU